AUGUCCUCGUUGGGUACAUCACCAAGACCUUUCUUAUCCUUGCAAAAGACGUACGGUAUUCUGACCAAAGUCCAAGCAGGAUCAGCCGUCGUAUUUUCAACAUUUGUAGUCAUGCAUGGAGCCCAAAUCGUCAGUGCCAACGUAGGUGGAUCCAGCCUCGCUAAUAACUGGAUCAUGUUGGGCCGACCUUUUUACCAAGAUGAACAUUUGGAGGGCCUUUUGGUGACAGGAUCGGCCUUGACGCAUGUGGCGGCCGGACUUGCCAAACUGGGUAUUCGACUUUACUGGAACAAGAAGACAGGUCAAGGGUCGCACUUGUUGCCUUACCAUGCAGCGACAGGUUAUGCCUUGAUUCCUUUAGCUGGACUUCAUUAUUACCUUGUGCGUCAUUUACCUGUGGAUUAUUAUGGAGAUUCAUCCUUCAUUGAUUUUGGAUAUAUCGCGUGGGGACUGCAGAAUAAACCCGUGUUUACGUAUGGAUUACAUCUGGCGUUGGUGGUUGCUGGUGUCUAUCACUCGGUGAGUGGGAUUCAAGUGGCGUUAGGACAACUCAAGAAGAAGAAAAAACCAAGUCAUACAAAGAUCCCUCAACACGGUAAAUCCGUAGAGCAACAAAAGAUCAAUGAAGAGGUCUCAAAGAAACACAUGUGGAAAGGAGGCCUUGUGGCCACGAGAUACGAAAAAGAUACCAUUGCGUCUUGA